CAUCGUCUUUAAAAAAGGAGGCGUUCAAGUUAUUCUUAAUACAAUAUCCACAUGCCCACAUGCAUGGGGACCUUAGACCCUGUAAUGUUCCUCCCUUCCAAAAGCUGCUGUCUGUAGAGCCAAAGCUCAUAAGUUGAUAUCUUCCAAAGCUUCAAUCUUUUGAAUACUAGUCAAUUUACAUUUAUUUGUCAGAGACUAUGCAUUAAUCAUUGUAACAGGUUACAAAUGCAUAAUACAGAUGUGUGUUGCAUAUAGGAUUUUCUUGCCACGGCUAAUGUGUGACCUCUAUCCAAUGUACGGCUUUUCUUCUGAAAAAGGUCUCAACACUGCAUUAAGGAGUGCAUGAGUAAAAUUGAGCACAUAACUAACACAUAACAUCUAUUCUCAUAAAUGCGAUACCUAAUAAACUCCCUCUUUGUAUCUUAUGAGCAAGGAGACACUGCCUGGGGGAACAAAGAGAGCUUGAAACAACGAAUUAUUUUAGGAAAGGACUAUCUUUACAGUCGGUAUGAACAGUUUCAAUAACAUUUACGUCAUCACUGAUGGUAUUAAAAUUUAUUUUUUGUAACAAUGUGAAAAAAACAAACCUAUCCCUUUGUUCCUUUCAGCUCAUCUGCACGGAAAGGUGGCUCCUUGAAUAAUAAAACGUGUUUACAUGCUUUGAAAUGAACAUAUUGCCAAGGAUUAUUAGUUAUUAUUUUCAUACUACCUAAAAAGCACAAGGAACAGCCGACACACACUGCAUGAGCACCAUUCAACGAACCACCCAAAACUCUUCAUUGGUAGCCAUGAUGAACACACCCAGAUAUGACCACAUUUCUUUAAAUAAAAAAAACGUAUCAAUGCGUUAACUGUCGGGCUGCACACCGCGCGUGGAGAGCGAGAGAGAGGGAUGAAAUAGUGCCCACCAGACUGACAGACACAAGAGUGCCAGCAGAGGUGACUCGCCGUGGAUGCUCUCCUUCUUGCUGCAUGUGGCCCUUGAACCUAUUGUUGUGUCGCGGGUGACGUCAGUGCUGUGUGCGGGAGACGGAGCGGCGUGUGCGCCUGGCGAGACAAAGGCGGCGGACCGACCGGGGUCAGGCAGCAGCAGAGAGCCGAGAGCCACUGUGUGUGUGUGUGUGUGUGUGUGUGUGUUUUAACUCUGAGGAACCCGCUAACCUUGGAUUUCAGCCGCCGUCCUGCCGACGGUGCGCAGCAUGAGGACCCAGUGACACACCCAGGAAUACGCGUUGACUCCCACGGAAAGAGAGAAAAACAACAGCGCUCUCUUUUCGGGUUUGAACGUUUUUCCUUCCAACGCCCCCCGUCUGGAGAGCUAGCCCGCUAACCCGCUAGCUCCUCGUCUCCCCGGCUGCUCCGCAUUUUCCUCCCCGAGAACUGGGCGUCGAGCGAAGGCAGGACCUCGUCGACGAAGGCGAGAUAAAGUAAGUUCGUGUGGUUUCCGCACUUGUUUAAUUCUCAGAAAGCCACGCGACUGGCCAGGAGAGGCGAGCACGAGACUGUCAGAGCGGAGCUAAGCGGCUAGCUGCGCUCCCAAACAAAGGGGUCGACAACGUGACUGUGUGCAGCCUGUUAGCCGCUAGCUCGAAGCUAACAACAGAAUAUACAGGGCACUCUUUCACGUUUUAAUACCAGCGGAGCACGAGCGGGGCUCUGAAGUUACUGCCACGCGGGGUAUUCGUGAAUGCGCAGGGGGGAACACUUUAUUCACGUGUUUUACUCGGAGAGGUUUCUUUCUGCCUCCGGAUGGUUUCAGUUGUCAGACGAGAAGCAACAGCAGACAAAGCGAGGCGCCCAAACCAGCCCGCUGCUCGGGGACAGGUGGCUGCACGGAGACCCGCUCCGGCUGGAGGUUGUAUUGGUAAACAAACACUUGACUCUUUGUGUGUAUUUUUAAAUUUUCAGAACGGGGUGAACUCACUCCCCAUCAGGCACUCGCGAUCUGAUGUGAGAUCCACGGAGACACUAUGCCUAGUCCUUUAUUCCACCCCGAGAUUAUGGACCACGACGUGGGGAUCAGCAGCCAGCACAACGGGGUCGGUCUGUCCCGAGAGACGGACCAGGAGAUCCGGGAAGAGGACCACCAAGAGGCGCUCCGCUUCGCCCUGGACCAGCUGUCACUCAUGGCCCUGGAGAAGGUAGACUGUGGGGGCGGCGGGCUAGUCGACACCAUGGACGGGACUCAGGGCUCCGAGGGCUGCAACGGCGUGGGCGGAGGGGGCUACGCGGACCUGCAGAUGCUGGAGCAUCCCAACGGGUCCCAGGACUCGCCGACGUCUUGUUCUCCAUCUCCGGAGUACUACGGCUCGGGCGGGUACCACAUGGCCGGCUCGCACGCGAUGCUCCACGGAGAACAAAGCUCCGUCCUCUGCAGCAGGAAGAGAAGUGUCAACAUGACUGAAUGUGUACCUGUGCCCAGCUCUGAACAUGUGGCGGAGAUAGUGGGCAGACAAGGUUGUAAGAUUAAGGCCUUGCGUGCCAAAACAAAUACCUACAUAAAGACUCCAGUCCGAGGCGAGGAGCCCAUCUUCAUCGUGACGGGACGCAGGGAGGACGUGGAGAUGGCGAAGCGUGAGAUUGUCUCUGCAGCUGAGCAUUUCUCUAUGAUCCGGGCGUCCCGCUGCAAAGCGGGAGGGCCUGGAGGAGGAGCAGGAGGUGGAGGAGCAGCAGCAGCAACGGCAUCGGCGACAGGAGGCACCAGUAGCGGUGGGGGUGGCUCUCUUCCUGGUCCACCACACUUACCUGGACAAACCACCAUACAGGUCAGGGUGCCCUACAGAGUAGUCGGUUUAGUGGUUGGACCAAAAGGAGCAACAAUUAAGCGCAUCCAGCAGCAGACCCACACCUACAUCGUGACACCGAGUAGAGAGAAAGACCCGGUGUUUGAGGUGACCGGCAUGCCGGAGAACGUAGACCGAGCCAGAGAGGAGAUCGAGACCCACAUCACCCUGCGGACCGGAACCUUUGUCGACCUGCAGGGGGACAACGACUUCCACUCGAACGGCACCGAUGUCAGCCUAGAAGGCCUGGGCGCCCUCAGCGGAGGACUAGGGUCGUCUCUGUGGUCUCGGGCGACCGCCCACCAUUCUGCCCCCCCUCCUCCGCCAGCCUCCCCACCCCCUCCUCCUAUUCCCAUGUCCAUGCAUCACUCAUCUAACCGGAAGAUGUCGUCCUCGGUAACCUAUCACAGUCACAACGGUGCGAUGAGCUCAGACAACUUUAGCGGCAGCCGCAAGGCCAACGAGGGCGGCAGCCCCACGAGCCCCUUUAGCACCGGCUCCAGCAGCGCUGGGGGGGGGUUCACCUUCGGGGGCGACGCCACCCCAGGACUGCCCUCCUCAGAGGAACUGGGCUUUGAGUUCAGCGCCGCUAACAUCUGGGCACCUUUCGUCAACGGUGGACCGGGCAAUAAGACGGCCGGCUCCUCCUCCCAGCAGCAGCCUCUACGUCGCAACAGCAGCGGCCUCAGCGGCGGCGCCAUCACUCCACGAUUGUCUCCAACUCUGCCUCAGGACGCGGGCGCGGGCCCCCUGGACCACCCCUUGGCCCGCCGCGCACAGAGCGACCCCCUCAGCACGCUCUCCUGGUUACAGUCCGGCAGCGCGGGAGGCGGCUCCUUCUCCGGAGCGUCUAGCUCCAGCUCCGGUGGCUCUUCGACCGGGUACUCCUCUUGCUCCGCCUCCUCCCUGCCCGGGGGCUCGCCCACUGACUCCGAGGGCGGCGGCAGCGGCGUGGCCCUCAGUUCUGUGAUGCUGAGCCGGCUGAAGGGAAGCUUCGGCCCCGGGGCCCCGGGUCUUGUCGGCAUCAGCCCCGGGAUCAACAGGGACUGCUUUGUGUGCUUUGAGAGCGAGGUGACGGCAGCCCUGGUGCCCUGUGGCCACAACCUGUUCUGCAUGGAGUGCGCCGGCCAAAUCUGCCAGUCAGCUGAUGCAGAAUGCCCCGUCUGCCACACCCCCACCACACAGUGCAUCCGCAUCUUCUCCUAAUGCCCGGGAGCGGGAGGAGGUCACACAUGAGGGGGCAGGAAGAAGACUGGAGUGGGGCAACGGAAGGAUUCACACUAAUAACUUUCACACACACGAUGGACCAUAAUAAAUGCAUAAUGGAGAUGAUGAUGAUACGAUACGGAUGUUUUUGUUGUUGUCAAUAUUAAUAAUAAUUACAAUGGCUUAUUUUCAGAGCGAUGCUAAUUGAAACUGGAUCUUCAGACAGUGGGGUUCAGUGGGAGCCUCUGGAAGGAAACUAGUGUCUUAUCUCUCUUCAGGCCUUCAUUUGGACCUGAAGCCGCCCGCUGGCUGCCGGUCCGUCUCAACUCUUCUUCAUUCAGACGUCUACCUGCUUUCUCUCACAGCCUUUCCUUUUGACACUUUUGUACGUAACAGAUAUUUUUCAAUGAAGCUGUCGAUGAUGCCUGCACUUUUUUACUCCUUGUUUUAAUGUUCUUGACGGGACGCAAACCGUUCCAACAAAGCUCCUCGCUGUCUCCUCUUGACCCACUCGUGCUGUUGUUUGAGCGGCAUGGGUGCUAUUUUUCUGCAAGCGUGGAACUUUUUUCUAAAGAUCCACGUAUAGUCUGGCACCUAUCGGAACAAUACACCGAGGGACCUCUGACGGACGACUUCCUGUCUCUCUUUGCCACACAAAAGCCACCAGUGAUGCCAGAUGAAGGCUAUUAAUAGACUUCUUAAAUUGAUCAAAUCUACCAGUGUGUUGGAUGAAUUUGGACGCCCCGCAUUUCAAAUGUGGCCGCCGCAUUAAUUCACAGGAAUUAUCCUUUUAGGAGAAACGUACCAUUAGUAAUACAAUAGGAAUGUUUGAGGUCCGUUCCCACAUCUCUCUUGCGUGUCUGAAUGAUGGCCACUCGUGCCGUUUCACAUCGGCGCCAUGAUGUCGUCCUCGCCAGGAGAAGAUGUGGCUCCGGUCCCGCUGCCCCGCUCCGUCUCCGUCCUACAGGAGGACCUCGCUCUGAUUCAUCAGAACCAGGACACCUUCACAUCCUGCCUGUUACACUCGGAUCGGCUCGCUUAGUGUUGUCGUUAACUAGUUUUUGACUCGUGGCUGUCGAGUGUGGGGCUCGCAGACAUAUUUUGAACUCUAGGAUAAGAUAGGGCUUUUCUGAUAUCACACGUGAAUGUUUUGUCCCUUGCGGUUUGCUCCUCCUCCUCCCCACGUCACACAAUAACAAGGGACUCGAUCGAACAAUUUCUCUUCAUGCACUGUAACUCCCGGCCCCUCUAAAGAGAUAAGAAACGGCUCUUACUGUUUGUUUUGGUCUCCCCCCCCUCCCUGACAGCGAAGCUGUCCGCCGCGGGUCGUUCUGAGACGUGUCCAAUGUUUUCAAAGCAUUACCGAGGAACUCCAGGCGGUUGCAUUCUGUUUUGUGUUUGUGGUUUUAAACAGAAGUGCGUGUGCAGCGGCCGCCUCCUCUCGUGUUAACCCUGCGCGGCUCUCGGUUGACCGCGCGUGGAAUCGGCUCAUUGAAUGAGACGCAAGCCAUGACGACGGAAUUUAAAGGACACAUUUAAUUCUCAAGGGCUUCCUCUGACUCCAGACACACACUCGCGUGUUCCGGCUCGCCCGCAGGGGGUCGAUGUUCUCCUUUACGGCAGCUAGUAGCUAGGUCAUCCAGGGCUUCCAGACACACUUUGUGUUCAAAUCCCAGCUGCUGCAGAAUGUUUUUUUCUUUUUCCCCCUCUUUUUCUAACUGUUCCUACGCGGUCAUCACAUCCGUAUUCGGUCGCUGGAGCGCAGGGCAUCGCGGCCCCGGUGUGUCCGCCCCUCUGGACGGAGUCUCAGAUCAGUUAAUGGGGUUGGGGUGCUCCAGCCUGGAUGAUGGCGGACUCUUUUUUUUUUUUUGUCCGACAUUUGCGAAGUUAGGUGACGGGGGCAGCAGCAGCUGCACAGAGGAAUCUAAUAAGCCGCUGUCCUGUUGCAGCCAUGCACUAAUCGAUGUGUCCACGUGUGUAGGAACGAUCUGCCAGGAGCGACGGCGGUCGUCUUCGUGAAGGCGCCCCUUGGUGCUUUGGUCCCUCCUGAAACACUGCGACCCGCAAACCCCGUCGCUAGUGGGAGGCCUCUUGCUUCUCAAACUCAGCCGUGCGCAGUAGACCCGACACGCCGUUAUCAUUCCCGUCAGAAGUGGGGAACCCCCCGACACCCCCCCCCCUCUCUGGUGUCGAGCGUUGCGUUACUUGUGCGCACGCGCGUCAAAACGAACAUCCGUCGAGUCCGAGGCGAUCAUUCAAGCUCCUUUUCAAACCGUUCACGGCGACGUGUUAAAGGAAUUAAACGUGUUAUAUUUGCCAGAAGGGUCUAAUGUAAAUCCUCGUGUUGCACUGGGAUAUUUCUGGCCUAUGAGAGAAUGUUAUGGUUUAAUGUACAGUAGUUUAAUUGUUUAAAAGGUACAAAGUUUUUCAGAUUGACUGCUGAUUUUUGUAUUUUUUUGAGCCAAAAUCUCCCCUCCCCCAUUUCCUUCCUAAAGGUUUGAAAACAGGGUUUCCUGAGUCAUGCUAGCCAGUGACCUCUGACCUUUUUUGUGAUUAGAGGGGGGGGGGAUGCAAAGAGAGCCAUGCCAGUAAGGGGUGACACCCCUCAAGCCGCCGCUCUCCUAUUUUUGGCUUUAAUUCUUUGUAUGCAGAACCAAAAUGUAAAACGUUGACAGUAGGUUUCAGGCCUGACCUGUGUGUAAAUACCCUGAAUACAAUCAUUGGGAUCUUGUUUUCAAAAGCAAAAUGACAAAUGAAGAUAAGUAGUUUCUAAAGAACAUGUAUCAUUGUUUGUAAGUUAACCAUCUGCAUGUCUUCAAGCCAUCUGGCAUUAGCUAAUAAUUUUUAAGAUAUAAAAAAAAAAAAACUUUUUACACAUUUUAUUUUUUACAAUUUAUUUGCUUACCUAAAUAUCCCAGACAAUAAUGUGACCCUUUAUAUUACUUAAAAUUUAUUUUUAUUUUCCAUUUUUUUAAUUUUCCUUAUUUCCUGUGUACUACAUUAUAGGCAAUUUAUAACUGAGAAAAAAUAUUGAAGAAAUUUUUAAAUUGAAAUAUAUUUUAUUUGAAAGUUUAUGGACCUUUUAACCAAGAGCUGGAAAAAUUGUAUAAUCGUAUGAUUUGAGCUGACUUGACGGUUAUGAGAAAUGUAUCAAGAGUUUUAUUUUUUAUGCUUCUUUAAUAAAGUCUUGUUUUUGGUUUCAUUUUUUUACUGUAAAAUAAGAA